AUCGAGAGGUGAAGUGAAUGCAGAAAACAAAACACACAUUCAGUUUGUAGUGGAGUUGUAUUGAGUGAUCGGUUUGUUGUCUCGCAUUUGAGACCAAAUGUCAAAAUAAAGUCGAGUUUUUCUAAUCAAACGAUUAUUAUGUGAGAGAAAAACAAAUGAAAAAACAAAACAAUCGUUUAAUACAUGUGUAGAAAAGCGAUGCGAUUAUUAUUAUAGCGUUUAUUAACGUUUUGCGAACCAAUUGUUGUGCUGUUUAUCACUGAUUGUAAUCAGUGUUUGAUUGUGUGGUUGUAUUGUCUGUCUGUUUGGGUGCCAAUCGAUGGCCACAUCCAAGCAUCGGAUCAAACUGUCAUCGGAUGGCGAUGUCAUCACUGAAUCCAAUAUGAAACACCGAUUACACCAUCUGUUCGGCCAAAUCGAGAAGGAGUUCGACGGACUCAUCACCGAAAACGUGGCCCGUAUUCACACAUUUCAUACAUUUCCAGACUUUUGCCGUUUUUUUGCUUUUCAUUAU